CGACAACUUGUCCCACCCAACCUCGCUGUGUGAAGGAUGUGGUGUGUUAACAAUGGUCUAGCAUUUAACGGAUUGCAAACAUGCCCGCUCCGGUCCUGAUAUGGCGCUGUUUGAUCAUUCUGCGGACACAGCAUUGCAUUUCAGAUGCAGACUGCUGUCCAGUUUGCUUAAGCGAGACUAACCAGCACUUUACAUCUCGAGACCGAUGCGCGGCUGGGCUAUAUAACGCAUAUCUGCAAUAGAUCCAGUCAGUCAUCCACUAUCAUGGUCCCAUUGUUUGACCAAGCUGAUAUUAGUAUUGGCAUCACACUGCAGCAUACCGACUAUGCUUUCAUCGCUAUAGCAUGUCUUUGGGUUUACGACUUUGCUCUCACCCUCGAUCAAGAUGCCGCGUUCAUACUGGAUGCUCCAUGGCGAAUGCCCAAACUAACGUAUCUUAUCUGCCGGUACUUACCAUUUGCAUUGGUCGUUACCGGUAUGUUUCGAAUUUUCCAGCCUGGACUUUCCCUUAAGUCCUGCACAACUUUGUUUGCAUUUAACUCAUAUGUCAGAGGAAUCGUACUGGUUUGUGCAGAAUCACUCUUUAUGCAGAGGGUUUGGGCGGUAACGGAUCGCAGAUGGUUGGUAACGUGUUGUAAUGUUGUGUUCUUGCUGGUCCCACUGGUGGUGACACUUACAUUAUCCGACUCUUCUUCCACAGUCAUGCAGUCACCUAUUCCAAAAGUCGCAAGUUGCUACGACAGCAAGCAGAGUCGCAUUAUCAUCGUAGCCUACGUUUUACUCGUCAUCAUAGAAAUAGAAAUCCUUAGUUUCAUGUUAUACCAUUCGUGGAAGCUUUAUAGAGAACAUGGAAACGAUAUGCCUCUUGUGCGGGUCCUGGUCAGACAUAACAUAUUUUACUUUGCUUGUGGGCUUGUAUUUUCCACCGCGACCGUGGUCGCCGUGGUCGCUCUUCCCGCAUCGUACGCAGACGCGGCAUCAGAUUUACAGUUCGUGAUACACGGAAUACUGGUGACACGCAUGCACCGUGAGCUGUACAACACAGCCCACUACACUGAAGGGACUUCUACCGGGACUAUACCCCUUCCUCUUGUUUUUGCACCAGCUUCGUCGGAGGUGUGACUUGGUUAUAAAGGUCCUUCUUCUCUUUACCCUAGAAAAUACUAGACCAAUGCAUUUAGAUAGAGAAUUUGUAUCUUCUCGGUUGGUAAGAAUAGACGCGGCACGAG